AUGUUAAACGUGAACUUGAUUGUAAUAUUUGUUUGUGCACAAAUAUUUCUUAUUAAUUCUUAUACAAUUCAUCAUAUUCAAAGACCCUUUUUGUUUGAAUUCGAAAAUGAAUCAAAUGAUGAAUUAUAUUCUAAAUUGUUACAAACUGAAUUAUUGUUAAAUGAAGCAAAUCCAUCAGCAAUAACUUCAUCUAGUGCCUCUCUUUUCGAUCAGACUGACGGUCAAUCACACAAUUUACAAAAACGAGGUCGACAAUGUUUAUGGAAAGUAUGUAGCUGGGCACUUGAUAAACGUGCGCUACGUUCUUCUGUUUCAUCACCAUCGAAUUCAAUUGAUUUAUUAUCCAAGUUAUUCUAUUAG